AUGGGAGCCUGCUGCACAAAAGAUUCAAUCAAUGGAGUAGGAGGAGGAGAGAAUAUGACCCAUGAUAAGGAUGAGAGGGAUUCCAACCGAGGAGAUGAUGGAGCAGAGAUUCGUCGGGGUGACGACGGAGCCAUCGUUCGACUCCAUGGAUCCUCUGCGUUCAUAUCAAUGUAUUCUCAACGAGGAAGAAAAGGAAUCAAUCAAGAUGCAAUGACGGUUUGGGAGGAUUUCUCAGGGGAGAAAGGUUUGGUGUUUUCUGGAGUUUUUGAUGGCCAUGGUCCGUUUGGUCAUAGGGUUGCUCGCCAUGCACGAGACAUGCUGCCCUCCAAUCUCUCCAAGGCUAUCAAAAAGCAGCAGCGGCCAUCACAUGUCCAAAAUGGGGUUUCUAAAGCUUCUGUUCAACCAAACAACAAUGAAGGAAAUCAACGAAAUCCAUUGGUUUCAAGAUGGGAAGCUGCUUUUGAAGAAGCUUACUCAGAUUUUGAUCGAGACCUCGGCUUUGAUUCAUCCAUUGAUUGUUUCUGCAGUGGAACAACAGCCAUGUCCAUUAUCAAACAGGGAGAGCAUUUGGUGGUUGCAAAUGUGGGCGACUCCCGGGCGGUUCUAUGCACCAGAGGAGACAACCAUCAACAUAUUCCCAUCCAAUUAACAGCUGACCAGAAACCAAAUGUUCCAAGUGGGUAUUGUUUAUGCAAUAAGAACUCUAUCUUAUCAAAUUUGAGACAAAUUUUUGAGAUAAGACAAAUGAUGGCAAAUAAUUCAUUCAGAAGAUCACAAAGGAAUGAACAAUAUAGCAAAUUUUUAUGUUGUUAUCCAAGCUAUUUGAAUCUGCUGUUAGGAAUCAUGGACCUCUACAAUGGUAUAAUAUUGUCUACUUUGAGCUCUCAUGACUUUGCUUUUGGUUUUACCAAGAAACUUCAUACCAAGAUAUAUUCCUUACUUAUAAACCUAUGA